AUGAAGAAAGAGCAGCCCGGUUCUAAAUUGCUGGGAAGCAGAUUUCAGACCACAUGCAGCAGGAACUUCCAGAUGGUGAGAGGUGUUCAACAACGGCCAACGAAGGAGAGCCUUCCACUUCCCAGGGGAGCUUGUUCUAUUGCCUGUUCCUGCAGCUGCCUGUCUCAGCAGGGCAAGAGCCAGCAGAGGACUUUGGGUGAGUUGCAGGUGGCUGGAGCCAGGAUCCUGAAGGAGGAAGGGAUGCAAUCCUUAGAGUGGAUGGGGCUGCAGGGAGAGAGGGCAGGAAUGGCUAGGAUGCUGCGGGGGAUUCAAGAACCCAUUGGAGGUUCUGAGGCAUCACAGCAGUGGGGAGGAGGACAGUAA